AUGGUAGCAGAGGGCGGCAUCUGGUCCAUUGACAAAGCGGCUGGCGGCGUGGAGGACGAGGCACGACCUCCGGCCAACACUCAACACGGCGGCGCUGGCACCCAGCAAGAAGCAAAGAUCCUGGGGGUCAUAUAUGACUCCACGUUGACCUUCAGGCCCCACACAGAGCAGCUCGCCCGAACAGCGGCGGGGAAGCUGGCCUCCCUCAGGAGGAUUUCCCGACUCCUGGGCCAGAGGGGUCGUGAGCUGCUCUAUAAAGUCCAGAUUCGCUCUUCGCUGGAGCACUCCUGCCUCGUCUUGGGGGGGGGGGGGCAGCCCCCACGCACCUUGAAACACUCGACAAGGUGCAGCGAUCACCCAGCCGGGUCGACGGACGUCAGUGGACGCUCUUCAACACCGCCGGGACGUGGCGGCCUCACCACGCUCUACAAGGUGCAGGAGGGGAGGGUGAGCCACCUCCUUCAGCUGCGCCUGCCACCCCGCCGGGCAGAGGUGCACACCAGAGCUGUCAGGGCGGCGCCCUCCGCCCUGGCCACGCCGCGGUCACACACAUCCCACCACCAGCGGCAGUUCCAACAAGCAUAA